AUGGGUAAUGGGAAUGAGGGUGAAAAUGGAAGUGAAAUCCGGGCAGCGAACAGAAGGUCCGCUGGCCAUUUAGUGGUAUUAGACUCACAAAUAAGGGACCAGGAGAGCUCGGAAAAUCAUAAUUUUCUGGUGAUGAUGAGUUUCCUUGGUGAUGGGAUGCGUAUGGCCCCACUCACGGGCAAGGAAAUAGUCGGCAUUGGAGUCGGCGUCAAAGAAGAGCUCAGCGAAGAUGUCGCCGAAGAUACAUGCCUGGAAAUUAAAGAGGAACCACUUGAUUAUGGAGAUGAAACAGGAAAUGACUCGUGUAACUUGGUUCAGGAUGGUAAUGAUAUGUCAAAAGUGCCCUUUGGGGUUAAGGAGUGUGGGAAGACGUGUUCAUCAGAUGGGGUUCAAGUGAUGUAUGAGGAAAGUUUGAAGGAGGAACCACAACUAAAAGUGGAAUCCACAAGGAAAUGUUUUGCAUAUGAGAAACCCUUCAGCUAUGAACUUUACAACAAGUCCAUCUCACAGAAGCAUAAUCUGGUGAAGAACAUGAGAGUGCAUACAAAGAAGAAAACAUAUAGCUGUGACACUUGCAGUAAGAAAUUAUCUGAGAGAAGUUAUCUCGUAAAGCACAUUAGAGUACAUACAAAUGAGAAGCCAUACAUCUGUGAAAUUUGGAACAAUACCUUCUUAUUGAAAAGUCAUCUGGUGAGGCACAUGAGAAAACAUACAAAGGAGAAGCCAUACAGUUGUGAAAUUUGUAACAAAGACUUCUCAAGGAAAUCUAAUGUAGCAAUUCAUAUGAGAAGGUGGUCAAGUAAGCCACAUGAGACUUCAUACACAGGAGAAUCCAUAUAG